GGGCUCACGGGUCCCGCCCCGCCCUGCCUCCGCCCCUCCGGCCGCCCCUCUGGCGAGGCCAGUUCCCUACGGCCAGUCGCAGCACUGAGUUGCAGAGCUCCGAUCCUCUCCCACCUCCGACGCGCUCUCCGAUCGGUGCACCCUACACGGCCAUGGAGCCGACCCCCGACGCCGAGGAGGCGCGCAGUGUGCGCGAGGCCCUGGGUCGCUACGAGGCGGCGCUGGAGGGCGCGGUGCGCGCGCUGCACGAGGACAUGCAGGGUUUGCAGCGCGGCGUGGAGCGGCGCGUGGCCGAGGCGCUGCGCCUGGCUGGUCCCCUGGCGCGCACCGUGGCGGACCUGCAGCGCGACAAUCAGCGGCUUCAGGCGCAGCUAGAGCGCUUGACGCGCCAGGUGGAAGCGCUGGGCUUGGCGACCGGGCUGUCCCCUGCGCCCGGCACGCCCAGUCCCCCGCCGGCGCCUGGGGUUCCGGACCGAGCGCCCCGCCUGGGUACUGCACGCUUCGCCAGCCAUGCCACCUUCUCGCUGUCCGGCCGCAGCCAGGUGAGCCUAGGAGAGCGCUGCACACAGAGCGUGGACCAUGAUGAAGCCGGCGAGCCAGAGGUGAGACGAACCUCAAACUCAUGCAUCGUGGAGAAUGGACACCAGCCGGGUGCAGGUCCAGGCAACGGACCCCCUGAAGUUGCCCAAGCUUUCUCGGCACCAGAGCCCCCCAAGCCUCGACCUGUGAGCCUCUCCUUGCGGCUGCCUCACCAGCCAGUCACGGCGGUCACCCGAGUCUCUGAGAAGUUCUCUGGAGAGACCUCAGCUGCAGCUUUGUCACCUACAUCUGCUGCCAUCCUGGGGGGCUUCAGCUCAAGCCCCAGUGAGGCCACCACCCCCUGGACUCCCAGUCCCACUGAGAAGAAUUCCUCUUUUAUUCGAUCUCUGUCAAGCUCUGGCUUCGGGACAGUGACAGCAGGCAAGCGCAAGGACAGCCCACCGCUGGUGACACCACCCCAGUCACCCCCAUCCCCACAGCUGCCAGCUGUGACUCCAGCCCCUCGCCAGGGGGAGCGUCGCAGAGAGCUGGUGAGGUCGCAGACACUGCCCCGCACCUCAGGGGCACAGGCCCGGAAGGCGUUGUUUGAGAAGUGGGAGCAGGAUACAGCGGGCAAGGGCAAAGGUGAGGCCCGGGCCAAGCUAAAACGGUCGCAGAGCUUUGGCGUGGCCAGCGCCAGCAGCAUCAAGCAAAUCCUGCUCGAGUGGUGUCGCAACAAGACCCUGGGCUACCAGCAUGUGGACCUGCAGAACUUCUCAUCCAGCUGGAGCGACGGGAUGGCCUUCUGUGCCUUGGUGCACUCCUUCUUCCCAGAUGCCUUCGACUACAAUGCCCUGAACCCUGCGCAGCGGCAGAAGAACUUUGAGUUGGCCUUCACCAUGGCGGAGAAUCUGGCCAACUGUGAGCGCCUCAUCGAAGUGGAGGACAUGAUGGUGAUGGGCCGCAAGCCGGACCCCAUGUGCGUCUUCACCUACGUCCAGUCACUGUACAACCACCUGCGUCGCUUUGAGUAAAGCCGUGGGACCCGGAGAGCCAAAGAGCAGCCCGGGAUGGGACUGUGGAGCUUCUUGUGUUCCUGAGUCAGGAUGACCCUGGGAGCAGCUGCUGUGGUGUGAGCUCACUGUUUGUUCUGUGGCGUGUGACAGCGUGCCCCUUCGUGCCCAGCCGUGUUACUGAUUAAAAGUAUGGCUGAGCUGUGCUGGACAGUACUACCACGGCCCAGGGCUUCCAAGAAAAAGGAAAAAUUCCCAGAGAGAGAGAGAGAGAGAGACAGAAAUUGGUGCUAAGUAAUAAUCUUCCUAAUGAAAUGCUUGCCUGUGUAGAUUCCAGGAUGCUAAAUUAUGGUUUUCCCCUCUGGUGAAUUAGAUACAUUGGCUUGAUAGGGUUCCAUUGAUUACCAAGUGUUUUUUUUAUCAAAAUACCCAGAGCCUUUUUUUUUUUUACUUCCUCACACUAUUGUAGGUUCCUUUCCUCCCUCCCUCUGGGCCACUGCCAGGAAACAGACCACUUAAUCAGCAGCUUGACAAAGAAGACUGAAGUCUUGGGAAGAAACAAUUUAAUCAUGCACAGGUCCUGGGCAACGGGUGACCUUCAAGUCACCUCUACUCUCUGGGGGGGAGAUGGGAAGGCUCUUGCCUGGGUCCUACAAUGCUCCUCUUCUUCCCAGGAGGCCCAGCAGGGGUUCAGCUGAGGAUAGGCUCUCUGGAAGCUGACACUUUUGGGGAAGGGUAGACCCUUUGUGCUGAGUUUUUAUUUGCAUCUUUUUUAGAGGAUUUGCUGCAGGUAUUUAUAAGAAGUAAUUCCAUCUGUACCACUGACUCAUUUGUACAUAAAAAGAUGUGCUGAACUUGGCUUUUGGAAUCUGUUAUUUCUGUUUGGGAGAUGUGAGUUUUAUGAAUAAGAGACUGCGUAUAUUCAAAUGAAGAUCUGAUUAAAUCCCAUUUGAACUGU